GACGACGACGACACUAUAUACGAGUAGGGCGCGCGCUGGUCGGGACACACGUACACUCACACAUACACACAUAUAAGCGCGCAAGCACACGCACGAAAGCUCGCUCGCUCGCUGCUACGCUGCUGCUACGGAAAGUUCAAUAAAUUCCCAUCCUCUGUGGAGUGAGCACAACGCGAGCCGCCGCCGCAUCUCUCACUCUGUCUCUGUAUCUCUCGCGGUAGAGUAGUACGGUCUUCAUCGUACACGUACGGCUAGGAAAAAAGUAGUUGUUCGCGACGCACACACACGCACAGACGCGCGCGCGCGACUAAACGCGCUCCAGAGAGGAUCAUCGCCAAAUACAGUUCGAUAAAAAGAAAAAAACCCGCGAGUGCAAAUAGAUACAAGAUAUCUGUUUGAUCCCAAGAAAGAAAAGUUUGGUUUCAAGUGUUGUAGAUUUUUUUUAUUGUAUUCAAGGGAAAAAAGGAGAAGAAUUAUAUAAAAUUAAUUCAGAAUGUCGUCCGCGGUGGCUAAAGCAUCAAAGUAUACCUAUCGCUCGAGCGGCACCGGCCAGGCCGACGUCAGCUUCGAGUACAGCACCGACCUGAGCGCGCUCUCGAGGCUCGAGGACAAAAUCCGCCUUCUUCAGGAUGACCUCGAAACCGAGAGAGAGCUGCGCCAGAGGAUCGAACGCGAGCGCGCAGAUUUGAGCGUGCAAGUAAUCCAGCUGUCCGAACGCCUUGAGGAGGCCGAAGGUGGCGCCGAAUCUCAGUUCGAAAUUAACAAGAAGAGAGAUACAGAAUUAGCCAAGCUCAGAAAGAUCCUCGAGGAUGUGCACCUCGAGAGUGAGGAGACGGCCCACUUGCUGCGCAAGAAGCACCAAGAGGUCGUCGUCGAUUUCCAGGACCAGAUCGAUCAGCUGUCGAAAUCACGCGCCAAAAUCGACAAGGAAAAGACGAAAUUCCAGCAGGAGGUGUACGAGCUCCUGUCCCAGCUCGACAAUGUCUCCAAGGAGAAGCUCAUGUCCAUCAAGACCGUGGAGAAGCUGGAGAUCCACGUGUCCGAGUUGAACGUGAAGAUCGAGGAGCUGAACCGCACCAUCGUCGACAUCACCAGCCACAAGACGCGCCUAUCGCAGGAGAACAUCGAGCUCACCAAAGAGGUCCAGGAUCUCAAGGUCAACAUCGAGAACGUCAGCUAUCUCAAGUCCCAGGUCGCCAGCCAGCUCGAGGAUGCCCGCCGUCGUCUGGAGGACGAGGAGCGUCGCCGCUCGCUCAUCGAGGCCUCCCUCCAUCAACUCGAGUCCGAGGUCGAGUCCGUCCGCGUCCAGCUCGAGGAGGAGUCCGAGGCUCGUCUCGAGCUCGAGCGUCAGCUGGUCAAGGCCAACGGCGAGGUGUCCGUCUGGAGAUCCAAGUACGAGACCGAGGCCAACGCCCGCGCCGAGGAGGUCGAGGAGAUCCGCCGCAAGUACACCGCUCGCAUCCAGGAGCAGGAGGAGCACCUCGAGACCCUCGUCGUCAAGAUCAACAAUCUCGAGAAGCAAAAGUCCCGCCUGCAGUCCGAGGUCGAGGUACUCAUCAUCGACUUGGAGAAGGCCAACGGAACCGCUCGGGAGCUGCAGAAGCGCGUCGAGCAUCUCGAGAAGGCCAACAUCGAGCUCAAGGCUAGGCUGGACGAGACCAUCCAGCUGUACGAGGCCAGCCAGCGCGACCUGCGCAACAAGGUACAGGAGCUCCAACGCACCAACGCCGAGUUGGACAAGACGCGCGAGCUCAAGGAUCAAUUGGUCCGCGAGAACAAGAAACUUGGCGAUGAUCUUGGCGACGCCAAGAACCAAUUGGCCGACAUGAACCGCAGACUGCACGAGCUCGAGCUCGAACUCCGCCGCCUCGAGAACGAGCGCGAGGAGCUCGCCGCCGCCUACAAGGAAGCCGAGGCCGGCCGUAAGAUCGAGGAGCAAAGAUCGCAGCGUCUGUCCGCUGAAUUGAGCCAACUGCGCCACGAGACCGAGCGCCGUCUCGCCGAAAAGGACGAGGAAAUCGAAGCCAUCCGCAAACAGACGAGCAUCGAGAUCGAGCAGCUGAACGCCCGCGUGGCCGAGGCCGAGAUCAAGCUCAAGACCGAGGUACAGCGCGUCAAGAAGAAGCUCCAGAUCCAGAUCACCGAGCUCGAGCUCUCGCUCGACGUCGCCAACAAGACCAACAUCGAUCUCCAGAAGACCAUCAAGAAGCAGUCGCUCACUCUGACCGAAUUGCAAUCUCACUACGAUGAGGUACAACGCCAGCUCCAAGUUACGCUCGAUCAGUUGGGCAUCAGCCAGCGCCGUCUGCAGUCGCUCACUUCCGAGAUCGAAGAAGUCCGCGGAAACUACGAAUCCGCCCUGCGCGCCAAGCGAUCGGUCGAGCAGCAGUACGAGGAGGCCCACAGCCGCAUCAACGAGCUCACCACGAUCAACGUCAACAUCGCCUCGAGCCGAGCGAAGCUCGAACAGGAGCUGUCCACCUUGGCUGGAGACUACGAAGAGGUGACCAAGGAGCUGAGAGUGAGCGACGAGCGCUACCAGCGCGUCCAGAACGAGCUCAAGCACACCGUGGAGAUUCUGCACGAGGAGCAGGAGCGCAUCGUCAAGAUCGAGACCAUCAAGAAGAGCCUGGAGAUCGAGGUCAAGAAUCUGUCGGUUCGUCUCGAGGAGGUCGAGGCCAACGCCAUCGUCGGUGGCAAGCGCAUCAUCAGCAAACUCGAGGCUAGGAUCCGCGACUUGGAGCUCGAGCUCGACGAGGAGAAACGCCGACACGCCGAGACCGUCAAGAUCCUGCGCAAGAAGGAGCGCAACAUCAAGGAGGUGAUGAUCCAGGUCGAGGAGGACGCCAAGAACAUCGCCCUGCUCCAAGAGUCCCUGGACAAGACUACCCAGAAGGUCAACAUCUACAAGCGCCAGCUGCAGGAGCAGGAGGGCGUCUCGCAACAGAGCGUCACCCGGGUACGCAGAUUCCAGCGCGAGCUGGAGGCGGCCGAGGACAGAGCCGACACCGCCGAGUCGAAUCUCUCGCUCAUCCGCGCCAAGCACCGCAGCUUCGUCACCACGUCCACCGUACCCGGAUCACAGGUCUACCUCGUGCAGGAGACGACGACGUCAACGCAGCAAUUGUAAAAUCUCUCUCUCUCACAACACAACAUUAAAAACAGUAAACGAUAUCAGCCCACAACGAGACCACGUCAUUCUUUGUCAUUGACAAGUAAGUCGAGAGCAAAAUACAACAACGUUUUAUCAUUUCGAGGAAGCAGAAGGCUCAACUUUUUUUAUGUUACCUUUGCAGGCUACAAUUAAAUUAUUAUAUUCGAGCGAGAGAGAGCGACGUCCAAGAUCCACCGCGCGAACGCCGUCAUCAUCGAAUUUUUUAGUUGUAUUUUCAUCCUAUACACAAAAUAAAAACAGACAUUUUUAAUAAAACACCUCAAGUUUGUCUGAUAAAGACUCAACAUUACAAGUCGAGUUUCCUUCCUCUCUUUCUCUUUCUCUAUCUCUAUCUAUCUCUCUAUCUCGCUCGGACGAU